AGGAACUUUGUCUAACCACUCGAUGGAUGCUCCCUGAUGAAUAGUAUUAUUCUCACUAGUGAGGAAUUUAGUCUAAAGCACAUGCAGGACUUUGUUCUGGCCAGAGUGUCCGAGAGAAUCAAUCCACAGAAAUCCUCGGCUCUCUUUUACGGCACGCCGUGAAAAUGGCCAUGAUGGAUGAAUUUGCCGUUGGUGCUUGGGCUCUGCAAGUCAACAGGCCCGUGGAGGUGGAGGAGAUCAUCCGGUUAUAGAUUGGGGCCGCACCAGCCAAUCCGGAGCCUUUCUGUUGGACAAGAUACGCUCGCUCCUCUGUCAAAGAGGGAGAAGGCGUGAAACAAACCAACAGGCUAGCACCACUGCUACUCCUACUCUGCUGCGGUUUGCGAGCGGGUCGCGGCUAGCAGGAGUUGGGAAGCCAUGGCUACGCCCUGCCGCAUCCGCGUCCUGUUCGUCCUGCUCGCCGCCGCCGUUGCCGGCGCGGCGUCUCACCCGGCACACGAGUUCUGCGCGGCCGCGGGAGGAGGAGGAGGAGGAGGGGACGGCACGAGGAUCCUGAUCAAGGGCGGGACGGUGGUGAACGCGCACCGGGCGGAGGAGGCCGACGUCUACAUCGAGGACGGCCUCGUCGUCGCCGUCCGGCCCAACAUCCCGGUUGGUGACGAUAAUGUCAAAGUGAUUGAUGCAACCGGAAGAUAUGUCAUGCCAGGUGGAAUUGACCCGCACACCCACCUGGAGAUGGAGUUCAUGGGAACUGUAACCAUAGAUGACUUCUAUAGUGGUCAUGCCGCAGCACUGGCUGGUGGGACUACAAUGCACAUCGACUUUGUCAUUCCAGUAAACGGGAACUUAACUGCCGGCUUGGAAUCCUACAAACACAAAGCAGAAAAAUCUGCUAUGGAUUAUGGAUUUCACAUGGCCAUUACCAAGUGGAAUGAUGAGGUUUCGAGGGAAAUGGAAGUCAUGGUCAAGGAACAUGGGAUCAACUCUUUCAAGUUCUUCAUGGCAUACAAGGGUUCAUUGAUGGUGACCGACGACCUCCUUCUGCAAGGCUUACAAAAAUGCAAAUCUCUUGGUGCCCUGGCUAUGGUUCAUGCAGAGAAUGGGGAUGCUGUUGCUGAGGGACAGCAGCGGAUGAUUGGUCUUGGGAUAACUGGUCCGGAAGGACAUGCUCUCUCAAGACCUCCAGUUUUGGAAGGCGAAGCAACUUCCCGGGCAAUUCGAUUAGCAAAAUUUGUCAAUACACCGUUGUAUGUUGUUCAUGUGAUGAGCAUCGAUGCGAUGGAGGAGAUUGCCAAGGCUAAAAGAGAAGGGCAGAGAGUCAUCGGCGAACCUGUGGUAUCUGGGCUAGUCCUUGAUGAUUCUUGGCUUUGGGAUCCUGACUUCGCAACUGCUUCAAAAUAUGUGAUGAGUCCUCCAAUCCGGGAAGCAGGGCACAAUAAAGCACUUCAAGCUGCUCUUUCAUCAGGAAUAUUACAGCUUGUGGGAACUGAUCAUUGCACCUUCAAUUCCACUCAGAAAGCUUUUGGUUCUGAUGAUUUCAGAAAGAUUCCCAAUGGUGUAAAUGGUAUUGAGGAAAGGAUGCAUAUAAUUUGGGAUAGCAUGGUGGAGACCGGCAAGAUCACUGUCACCGAUUAUGUGAGAGUGACAAGCACAGAAUGCGCCAAGAUCUUCAACAUAUACCCUCGAAAAGGAGCAAUCCUCGAGGGAUCUGAUGCAGACAUCAUCAUCCUGAACCCCAAGAGGAGCUUCGCAAUGGGCGCGCGCACGCACCAUUCUAGGUCCGACACAAGCGUGUACGAGGGCAGAAAAGGAAAGGGAAUGGUAGAGGUCACCAUUUCAAGAGGGCGAGUGGUGUGGGAGGAUGGCAAUCUGAACGCCGUGCCCGGUGCAGGAAGAUACGUCAGGACGCCGCCUUUCGGCUACCUCUUCGACGGCAUCGACAAGUCAGAUGCCGUCUACAGGGCUUCCCUCCGAGCCCCUGUAAGACGUGGUGAGGCUGCUGCUGCUUAACGGCGUGUUCGACGGCUGGUCUCAUUGCCCCCUGACGGUACCACCAUCCUAUCUGGUUCAAGAACAAAUUGCGCCUAAGGUGAACAGCGUCUGCUCCAUAUGUAGCUUCCUUGUACAUACAAUCUGCCUUGUUUAUAUCCAGAUUCAGAGAUGGGUGGAAAUUGUAAAGUUAAUUAUUCAUACAAGGCACUUUUUUUCGUGCAAACAUACAAAUCACAUUUCUGAUUGGGGAGAUUGCAAAUAGGCUCAAGUUCGACA